GCCAUCCUCGUCUUCGACUAUUUCCUCACGUUCGGCCGAGAGGUCAAUUUCUUCUGGAACCGGCGUGUGUCCGGACCGACAGUGCUAUUCAUUUUGAAUCGCUAUCUUGCCCUUAUUUUCCAAAUUUUUUUGUUCCUUGGAUUUCACCCAUUUACC